AUGAACUCCGACGACUGGGGUCUUGGGGCGGUGGUGCGCAGCUGCUUCGGCGUCGUCGUCCCCGGUUUGGAAUUGGAGCAGCCGUCGCCUCCACCGGUGGCUGAUACUCGGGAAUCCGUUGUCGUCGAGCGUGUGCAGGCUGCUCCGGCGUGCUCGUCGUCGCUAUACGACGUGCUGGAGUACUUGGACCUGGAGCACGAGCGGCUGCUGCCUCGGGCGCCGUUCUCCAUCACGCCGUCGUCGUCCGGCCACGAGCUGGCGCGCGAGCGCGACGACGUCUUCAUCUCCUUCCCUGCCACCACGACGUCCGGUCAGGCGAGGAAGCAAGCCAGCCGGAAACCGGGCGGCCGUGCUCCCAGGCGGCCAAAGAGAAGCAAGAGCAAGAAGAGCCAGGUGAAGAGAGUUGUGCGCGAGGUGCCGGGUGGCGACGGCGGCGUCUGCGACCCCGACGACCAGUGGGCGUGGCGCAAGUACGGACAGAAACCCAUCAAGGGCUCGCCCUACCCACGAGGGUACUACAAGUGCAGCAGUCUGAAGGCGUGCACGGCGCGGAAGCUGGUAGAGCGCAGCCCGGCCAAGCCCGGCGUGCUCGUCAUCACCUACAUCGCCGACCACUGCCACGCCGUUCCCACGUACAUCAACACGCCCCCCGGCACCGCGCGAAAUGCGCUACAAUCGCCGCCCAGGUCCGAGUCCGACGAAGCGAUCAGCAGGCGCGAGGACGACAAUGACAGCGCUGACGUCUCGUCCUCCGUCGCUGCCGCGGAUGACGAGUCCGAGCUCUGGGCGCCUGUGGACAUGGACAUGGGUCUAGAUGAUUUUUUUGGCGCAUUCGACCACGAUUUUGACAAUUUCUUUGAUGAAGGCGAUGAUGACGUUUUCGGGCGAUCGGUUUGGCUCUAGUUUGGGAGGGAGACAUGUUUAAUAGCACCACAUAGGAAUGCAAGUUCUCGGCAGAUUUUAG